UCAUUUGACUCAUCACAUUUCCGCUGAGCAGUCAAAGCUCUUCAAUUUUUCAGUGUUUCUCGUCUCUCCCGCACACCAGUUGUGAUGGCUGAAUUGUUAAUAUGCUUUUGUUUUCAGAAUUCCUCGAUUUGAUUCAUUGGAAUCUAAUGGUCUUUCGUAUUCAAAUACAACUUUACCUGGCAUGUUAGCCCUGGCGCUGCGCUAGCUAACUUUCCUGCUUUGUGCUAGCUUAUGCUUGAAACGAAAAGUCGCCUUAUUUCACAAGUAUUCACAUAAUCGACUUGUUUUUUCCCCCCAAUAAGUUGAUUUUAGUGGCUUGGACGCAACGCCCAAUACGGCGUUAAGCUGUGAGUGCUGCAAGCAAAACGCUAUAAAAAAAAAUAAUUCGUUUGCUCAUUUCAAAAGACAGCUGACGUACAUGCUGUCACAAUGAUGGACUUUGACAACGUCUUGUCAAUCGCUACUCAAAACCGGGGCAGUGUACAGAAAAGAUACAGUUUACAAGCUGGUCCCCCCAAGAAGGACCCAAAGUCAAAAGGUGUGAAUCCAGCUGCUGUGCAGGCGCACCUGAAAAAGCAACAAAAUGAGGCCAGACUGAAAGAAAUCGAAUUAAAGAAGCAAAAGCAGGAUCUUGAGGCAAAAAGGGUAGAGUUGAAGUCGGAUCGUAAAGCAAGAGCCAUGGCUUCUAGAACGAAAGACAAUUUCCGAGGUUACAAUGGCAUUCCAGUGGUAGAGCUGCCAAAAAAGAGGAGGACAAAGCAAGAAAUGGAGAACGAAAAAUCAGCAAAUGACCAGAAAUUUCAAAAUUAUUCACUUGACCCAGAGGAUGAUGAAGACAAUUACGAGUAUGAGCAGACAGAUUCAGAGCCCGAUCAAGAUCCAGAACCUCUAAAACCUGGAAAAAUCUCAAGUUUUAGUGGGAGUAGUAGCGGUAGCUCUAAGUCCUUGCCUAAAAAACCUAAUGGGCCAUCCAAGCCUCCUUCAUCCUCCAUGAACUUUGCAGAUUUGCUCAAAUUGGCAGAAAAGAAGCAGUAUGAGCCAGUUGAGCUAAAACAGAAGGUAGUGAAGGAAGAAAGGCUCCGUACAGCCGAAGAAAUAAGGGAACUCGAGAUGGAACGCAAGGCUAAGAGUCGCAACAAGAGCCCAAAAACUCAGCCUAGUUCUACUGCAGUAAAAAAAAGUACGUCUGAUAAAGAACAAAAGAAUUGUAAACUACAAAGGGUCGUUUCGGAAAAGCCCAAUCAGCCCGGUGGAAUGAAGAAGAAGCCUCAAUUUACACCUUCCUCUAAGACCUCUUCUGGUGAGAGAGAUAGAGACAGACCCAAGACCGUAGUUCCUUCGAAAGCAGCAUCUACUCUGGUUCCAACCAAACAAGGUGUUCCUAAGACCUCAUUUAGUCAUACACCUAGCAUUUCAAAUGAUCUUAGAUUAAAAAAGGGAAGCUCUUCAUCUGUUCAAGGAAGACCUUCAGGCAUAACUCAAUCCAGGCCUAUUGGUACAUCUGUCAAAGAGCUCAGAUCUCCAAAUGGUAACCAACAAAAAGCAAGGCCUACUCACGGUAGCUCAGUGAAGCAGGACCAAGCACUUGUAAAUCAUAAAUCUGGAAAAGGAGAACAGCCAAGGUCUGGAAACCAUCCUGCAGUAAAACCGAUUGGUAAUUCUGUGGUUAGAACUUCAUCAAGUGGUCGUCCUAAAGAAUCAAAUAAACCUCAGCCAAGACCAUUGGGAACACCCCAGGCAAAACCUGGUGGGAGUACUUUACACAGUCACCCAGCAGGUAGUGGAGCCCGGCCACCGGGGUCCGUACAGGGUCGAGCCUUUAGUGGAGGACCAGGGGUCGGACUAGGUCGAGGCGCAAGUGGAGGACCAGUACCCAACAGGCAACCUUCUGGCAGCUUUGGAUCAGGACCUGGGAGACCCAAGUGCACGGUGGUGUCUGAGACCAUCUCUUCAAAAAAUAUGGGCGGACCCAGACCAGGCGUUCCUCCUCGGCCAGGGAUGCCACAAAGACCUGGCAUGGCCCCUAGACCAGGAGGGCCAAUCAGACCACCCAACAGACCUCCAGAUCCCAUGUUACCACCCAUCACCAUUGCAUACAAGAGAAAACAUGAAGAGGAAGAAGAAUAUGAUUCAGAAAUGGAUGACUUUAUUGAUGAUGGAGAUGAUGAGCAGUCAGAGGUUUCUAAACACAUUAAGGAAAUCUUUGGCUACGACCGAAACAAAUACAAGGAUGAAAGUGACUAUGCGUUAAAAUUCAUGGAGAGCAGCUGGCGAGAUAUGCAGAAAGAGGAAGCGAGGAGUCUUCGAAUGGCUGUGCAUGAAGACUUGGAGGAGGAGAGAAAAGAGCAAGAGGAGAUGAAAAUGAACAGCAAAAGGAAAAAAACUAACUAAUGCACUUAAAAACUGUUGCAAUGGACACAAAAAGAAGACUCCUGUCAGCUGGCCAGCAAUAGGACCACUUGUUUGACACGUAAAGCAGAGUGGGCGUCAAAUCAUGAACUGUCUCUUCAACUGACACGUGACAUUGGAAGAUGUAUUUUGGUUACAGUCAAUCCAGAAAGGACCUUAGAAUCUAAAUAUGCACAGAUGCUUUAGGACUUAGGCUGAAUUUAUAGCUUCAAUUUCUACCCCAUUAUUUAUUUAACUGUAAAUACAGAGUCCCAUUUCUAAAAAAAAAACAGUGGAAUUGUUUUUUAAGACUGAUAUCGGCAUACAGUGGCAGGUGCCAGCAGUGUCACGCAUUUCACAUGUCGUUGGAUUGUUAUAUUGGCUGAUUCACAUAACACAUUUGUAACUUGUUCAUUUUCAGACCAUUUUGAAACAAAACUUUGCAUAAAAAGUUGUAUUUUCAAACUGUAGAAUCUUAAGUUGAGUUCCAGAAUAUUUAUCAAUUAUGGCAAC